AUGAAAUUUUUAUAUUGCGAUUCAAAUGUAACUCCUGAGAUGAAAGACAAAAUAAAAAAAUUAUUAUUUGACAACUCAGAUAAAUUAACUCACUAAAAUCCAGCUCUCUUUUUAUAAAAACUACUUCAUAAUAAUUUUGAAAAACAUUGGUUUGUUUAUGUGGUCUAUAGUCCUAUGGAAUUGAAAUACUAAUUCAGAUCAAACAUUUCAAUAUUAAUUGACAUCGAAAUUGAAAAAACUCGAUAUAUUUUGGCAUAGUUCGAGGAAGUCAGCGUGGGAACGUUCGCUAAAGAUAAGUUCAUUAAAACAUGCCAACAAAUAGAAAAGCAUAUUGCAUAACAAUAAUAUGACCUUAAUACAGCUCUGCAUGAAUCUCAGAAAAUUUUGGAGAGUCAAUUUGGAUCUAGUAGUCAUAUGAUCAUGGUUAAAUCUAAUGAAUAGGAAACACAGCUACAAUUCAUUGCACCCUAUCAAAUUCAAUAUAUCUUCAAAAUACCUCUAAAUGCCUAUGAAUCAAUUCAAGGAGGAAUAUUUUAUAUUCCUUUGGGCGCUGAAGAAGACAAUGGGAUGUAAGGAUUCCCACAUAGAAAUAUAUCAGGAGAAGAGGAAUUCGACAACAACCAGAUUAGAGAUGAAAAUUACAUUCAAGAUGAAUAUGAAGAACCCAUGGAUUUGUAAUUUUAAGUUAUGGCUGAUGCCAAAGAAUUCAAAUAAUCAACUGAUCAAGUCAAGGUUAGCUUUGACGAACUAGAAAUUUAACCAUUGAAAGUGCAUUCAUUUUCUAUUCUAUUUUAAAUUAACAUCUCACCCUUUCCCAAAGAAAUAAAGGACGAUCUAAAUGUAUUGUCAACUGGAAGCUCUUUGAUGUCCAAAAACAUGACAUUCGGUAUCAAUAGGGAUCAGCUUUUCUUUUUUAAUUUUCAGUUAAUGACAGGGAAAAUGGAAACUCUCUAUUCUCAAAUGAAAAUCAAAAGGAAUCAACUAUAUCAAGUUGCUUUAGUUUAUUCUGAAACAGAAACAUACAAAGAAGUGUCUAUGUACAUCAAUGGAGCCAUAGAAAAUCAAAUUAAUUUAUCUUAAUAAUUAGAACCUCCUCGAGGAUUCUUUUGGAUUGGAUCUGAAUAAGCUCUCAAAUUAUUCAAAGGAAUUCUAUAGGAUAUUGUGUUUAUAGCAUAAUCCUUACAUUAAAAACAUAUCAAAUCAAUUUAUGCUGAACUUUAGAGUGCAUUAUCCCAUAAAUUCGAAAGAAAAACAAUAGAAAUUGUUGAAGAAAUAUUGUAACAAUUCAAAGAAGAAAUCCCAAUUGAUUAAGAUGAAUCUAAAUUUAAUCAAACCCAAACUUAAAGUUUGUUAAAAUAACAGUCCAAGACUCUAUCAAAGGCAAGUAAUAAAAAGUUAUAGAUACCUCCACAUCUCUAAAAGAGCUAUCACAUAUUUGAAGAAAUUGAUAAAAAGAAAACUCAAUAACAAGAGUAACCACAUUAAAAAACAAUUCAAGAAUUUGCAAAUAGAUUAAAGGAUGUGUUUUCGUAGAACGAGAUAAUAUAUCAUAAAUGUCAUGAAUUGAGUUUGAAUUUCUAUUGGGUUUUUACUACUGUAUAAUAAUUGGCACCACCAUUGGAGGAGAAUGCAAGUCCCAAACUUCCAUUCGAGUAUAUUCAUUAGGAACUAUUCAAAGAGAGAUUUGAAACCUAUCCUUACUAUGCCAUUGAAUUUGAUAGGUUUUGCAAAGUUGUGUAACAUAGUGGAAUUUAAUUAUCGCACGAUGAUAUUUACCAAUUGGCAGAAAUCACUGAUUCUCUAAGGGAAAAUAAAAGGUUUGGCUAUUAUUUAAUAUACGAUCGAUUAUUAUUAUCCAUCAGAUAGGCAGCUUUGACUUAAGAGGAAAUUGAAGAAGUAAAGGGUCAAUAUAAUACUGAUGAGAAAGAAGCUGAUUAAGACUUGAUUAUUUACACAAGAGGCAUAUCAAGAUAAAAGCAAGAAAUGGAACAUAACUUCAGUUUCUUUGAAUAGUUGACAGUGUUGGUAGGAUCAGAGAAUGAAGCAUUCAAGUACAAUAUCAAUUAUCUUUUGGCUUACUUUGUAAACAAUGAUGAAUUUGUGUAAAAAUUAACAGCAGUCUAUGUUCACAAAGAAACAGGACAGGAAGUAGAAAUCGAAGGAGUUGAUCUAUUCUCUUAUGAUCAAGAUAAGAUUUUCUAAUAGAAACUUAAUAUUUCUGAAGAAACUUAACCUAAGUAUUUCAGAGUUCAUUACAAUGGUGAAAAUAUGGCUAUGAUAUCGUUCAAAACACAUGAAGCUGAAGAGACAUUUAGAAUCGACAAAACAUUUUCUUACAGAGAAGGAUAGGAUGCAACUGGUUAAUUGGAGACCUAUGCUUUUGAGUAAUUAAGGUUGGCUGGAUUCAGAGGUAGAAUAGUCAAGAAAGAUGAGUAUUCUCAAAUAAUCAUGUUAGCUGCUGAAUAUCUUUAAAAGGAUCCGAAAGUAGAAGAACAAAAAAGAAACCAACCAGAAACAUUGCCAUAAUUACCAGAAAAUUGGAAUCAAGGGAAAUUCCAACUCAUCAUUAAUAGAUGUUCUGAUUGUGAAAAACAUAAGACAACUACUUGGCAUAAUGAGGCUGAUUUCGCCAAUAAAUUUAAUGAAAUUGGAUAAAUUUUAAAAGAUUUAUUCCCAAACAUAGAAGUAAUAGGAAAUUGGGAUAAAACACAACAAUUAGAGCAUUUUGAUGUUUAUAUUAGAGGAGUGGGCUAAUUAAGUUAGAUGGAUAAAGAAGGGAGAAAAGAACGAAAAGUUGGCUAAAUUCUUGGAUUGCUUCUUGAAGAGAAUGUUAAAGGCCUAUGGAGAUACAAACUAUUCUGGCAAACAAAUAGGAAAUAGUUCUUAAGAACCAAUAAUUACUCAUAAAGAUCUAAGAUAGCUCAUGAUCACCCAUGCAAUAUACCUGACAAAUAAGAGAAAUCAGAAAAGGGAGAAGCCUAAUAUGCUGGUUCUGAUUUCAUUUGUAAGAAUUGGGGUUGUGGAUAACCAUAUAAAUUUGAUUCAACUCCGAAUGGUAUUAAAACAUGUAAACAUCACCCUGGUAGAUAUGAAUUCGGAUCUAAACAUGGAUUAUGGCCAGAAUGUUGGACAUGUUGCGGUAAAAAGUGGGAAGCUGAGGGCUGUAAAUUAGAAUAUCACAAGGGUGUUCCUGAAAAAGACUUAUAUAAUAUUUGUAUCAAUGUAGGUCCCUUGGAUCCAAGAACUGGUUAUCCUGAAGGCACUUGUGGAAUGAGAUUCUAAGAUGGGGAUUCUUCAGAAUGUAAAUAUAACUCUGGAACUCAUCAAGCUGCCAAAUGGCCUGAUCCUGCAGCCAAAGUCUAUUUUGUACAAAAAUUACACAUUAAUCCUGCUUAGAAAGAAAAGGAGACUCAGCCAAAUAAAAACAUUCAAAUUAGACCAGAUGUAUUCAGAGAGACUAAACCUUAUAAUGAGUUUAUUAAUAAGGAUAGAUAGAGAUAAAUGAAAUUGAUUGAGACUGAGAAGGAAUUAAGAAUAUGUACAAAUUGGGCAUGUGGAAAACAAUAUAGAGAGAUUGAAAAUAGAAAAAAGAAUAUGUGUAGAUGUCACCCAGGAGUGUUUGAUUUUGGACACACUGCUACUAAAAUUUAAGAAGCUAUUGAAGAAUAUAAAUAAGAAAAAGGAUCCAAAAUUCUAUGGAAACCUCAUUGGACUUGUUGUCGUAAAUCUUGGAAUGAACCAGGAUGUCUUUUAUCAAAACACUCAGGACCUUUAGUUAUUGAAUAUAAGGCAAAUAAAUACUAGUGGCCAGAUCCAAAAGCUUAAAUCUAUUUUAAAAAGAAGGUAUCAGAUAAUUGGAAAAAAAUGCUUGAAUAAAGUCAUAGUCUGACACCUGAAACAGCCAGUUUGAAAUAUGAUCUAUUGUGCAAGACUUUAGGAUCUGGAGGAUAAAUUUCUGUUUAUAAACUGCCUGAAUUAUGUGAUAAAUUCGAACUUAAUCUUUGGGUUUGUAGUGAAGACUUGGCAUUUUAAUUUAAAUUUACAGAUAUCAUGGAAGGUAGAGCUCAGGAAUAUUUGGCAGACACAAGUGGAAAUAUUGAUAAACAUAAAUUCUUAGAUUGGUGGUUUGCUGAUGUCAAUAGGAUGUUAGAAAUUUCAUCAAAAUGA